AUGUCACAUCAUCAUAGAACAUUAAUAGACUCAUCUUCGUCAUCAUCUUCUACUGCUUCUGCUAUUGGAAGUUUGCCUUCUUUAUCAACACUGUUGAGAAAUUCGCAAACUUGUCACAACAACAAUCCCAUUGAUAAUAAUAGCAACAUUAUUAAAGAUGGAAUCCGUUUGCCAUCGAUAAAAUGCAUAGAUGAUAUUGAUGAUAUCAAUUACAAUAUCCACAAUAAUAAUCAUUUACAACGAUCCCCUCCACUUCAAUUCCAAAAUUCUCCACAAAUAAAAUCAAAAAAAAUAAAAAAUUUGGAAUUACCAAUUUCAGAUCCUCAUACACAUCCUCCACAUCCUCUUCCUCCUUCUGAUUGGCCAUCAACCAAUCAAAAUAAACCUUAUCGACGACAUUCCUCAUCGCAAUCAGCUAAUAGCAGCUGUAGCAGCAUUAAUGGUAAUAAUGGAUUUGCAGAUGGUAUUUCACAUCAUUCCAAUGAUAUUAAUGAAUAUCAUCAAAACUCGGAUAUAAAAAUAUCGUCAACUUCAUCGACACAACCAACACAACAACAAAAAAUGAUUCCUGUGACGGAACAUUGUCACUUUAUUGGCCAACAUGCAAGCCUAUUUGUGGAAUUCUGUCGAAAUAAAAAAUUCCACGAUGAUGGGCCUGGUACUAUCGCUGAUGGCGAUAAAAAAAACGUAAAACUUGAACAAUUUUCUUGGACGACAUCAUCGCCAACGACAGCAACUUCGACCGUUUCUAACGAUAUUCCGCCGAACAGCGAACAGCAGCUGGUCGAGAUGGUGAAUAAGACAUAUGAUGUGCUGAAUAUCCUAAAUAAAGUCAAGCACUAUCUACAAAAACCGAUUAUAUCGUCCGAUCAGGAGACGAUAAACAUGAUCAGGAAAAAAAGAACCACAACCGGUUCUUCUGCGGCACGUACAAAAUAUCGAAAAAGAAAUAAACGUGCUGCUCCUCCUGGUAGAUGUCAUUCGUGCAAUAUCUCCGAAACGCCGGAAUGGCGUAGGGGUCCUGAUGGAGCAAGAACUUUGUUAACUAAUCAUCACAUUUAUGUUGGUGAUAACAAUAAUAACAACAUACAAUAUCACAGUCCACCUAUACCCCCUCAUCAACUUCCUCGGCCACAUUCUUUAUCACCACCACCCCCUCAUUCAUAUAUGUAG